UAAUUAAAAGCUAAAUCCAAGACUGAACAUACAUUAUAUAAAGUUUUAGUUCUUAUUAGAUGUUUUACAUUGAGAAAGAGAGGAAGACCGGGCAAAAGAGACACGAAAUCAAUGGCGGAAAAGAGCUCAGUGAAGCUACAUGGAAUGUGGGCAAGUCCUUAUGUUAUGAGAGUCCAACUUGCCCUUAAAUUUAAGGGAGUAAACUACGAGUACAUAGAAGAAGAUCUACAAAAUAAGAGUGAGUUGCUGUUGCAAUAUAACCCUGUGCACAAGAAAGUGCCUGUUCUUGUGCACAAUGGUCUACCCAUUGCAGAGUCAACGAUCAUCCUCGAGUAUAUUGAUGAGACUUGGACCGAUCCCCCGCAUCUCCUGCCUAAGGAUCCUUACCUUAGGGCCAAACAUCGAUUUUGGGCCGCGUAUUUACAACAGGUGGCAGAGGAACUGGGCAAAGUGCUGCAAAAAGAAGGCAAACCAUCAGAAGACAUGACGAACGAGUACCGGAACAAGAUGGACAUGGCUGAAGAAUUAAUCAAGGCUGAGUUAUUCCCUAAUGGCUGUCCAUCUUUCGAGGAUGCGAAACCCGGAUACUUGGACAUAGUGUUGUACUCCCUAUUAGGAAGCUUUGAUUAUAUUGCGGAAGAGCUCUUUGGGUUUAGUCCUUUCACUGAAGAAAGGUACCCAUUUUUGGCAUCUUGGAUAAAGGCACUCAAAGAGCUUCCUGAUGUUAAAGAAGUAACGCCUCCAAAGGCUAAGGUCAUUGAGCUUCUUCACGCCAGGCGCCAGAGUAACCUCCAAACAAAGGCGUAAUUGAACUAUUGUGAUUUAAGCUUAAGGAAUUAAGUAAAUGAGCAAUGAGCUUGUACAAUACGGAGUAAGUCAUGUCCUUAAUUUUAGUAUUGUAAUCGAUAACUGAAUGUUUGUAAUAAAGUUUUUCUAGCUAGACUCUUGAUUAAUUAAAAAAGUUAAAAGUGUUGAAACAUACUUCGUAGUAGGGUAGGAGACGCAUGACUUAAUAAUGAAGUUUCAAGUAAGUUGGAUGUCCAAUUACUUAAUUAUAUGUGAACUCAACUUACUCUAGAUAUUAAAAAUAUUGUAAGGUUCAUUUUCUAAGGAUGGAGAGACUUUUUAUGUUUUAACUAGUCUUCUGUCCCGUGUAAUGCACAAGUUGUUUAUAGGUAUACAAUAUAAAUUUUAUUCUC